AUGGUCGACGGGGCGAGAGCGACACAACGCGACAGCCCUGCUGAUACGUGUCUGAGUCGGUGGAUGCAGUCUUCGGUGGAUGCGUGUCCGCGCAGCCGGCAACGUGUGCGGCGCAGGGCCAUUUUGGCUGUGCGUGUGGCGCUGCUUGUGGCGUUGGUGCUAGCAGCAGCUGCUGCGUGGAUGCCCGCGGUGCAUGCGGUGGUGUUGCGACUGCGGGGCGGCACGGUGGACAGAGCCAUCACGGUUGGCCGCGCCGUGGACACGGUGCUGAUGGACGGCGUGUCCAUCACGAACGGCGUGGCUGUGGUGUUCGACGUGCCGGCGAUGCUUCCCGGCGCGCUGCGCAUCGAAUUGAGGAACUGCGUGUGCGACGGCGGUGCGCAGAUCUACGUGCGGGGCUACAGCGGCGAGCCGGUGAGUGACCGGAGCCUGGUGGUGAGCGUGAGCGGGCUGUCCGGGAGCUACUGCUCGCUUGUGUUUGUGCACAACCUGCCGGCACACACGAACGUGACGGUCCGUGACUCGACGAUUGUGACGCCGGGGCCGAUGCGCUACUCGCAGCUGAGCGGGCUGACGGACGCGGUGGCGUCGCCGCUUGUGCUGUACGCGACGUCGCUGUUGCAGUCGCAGCUGCGUGUGAGCAACACUGUACUGAGGUCGUCGCAGGCGGGCGGGUCGGCGGUGUACGUUGGCGGCGGCGUGGACCUGCUGUCGAGCGCGGUGGUGCUUGACGGAGUGUUGCUGGAGGCGUCGGGCGGUCUGACCGCGUCCGCGAUGCAUGUGGCGUCCUCGUCGCGCCUCAGUCUGCGUAGCCACUCGAUGUUCUCCGUGACGGACGUGUCGGUUGUGAGCAGCGGCGGCUUUGUGCUUGGAGAGCGCCUCGCGGUGUUUGAUUCGGUGCUGCGCUUCGUCGGCGUCGAGGGGUCUGUUGCGUCGUCGCUGGUGCGCUGCGACGGUGGGACGAUCGGUGGCGGCGGGUGGCUGGACCUGCACGACGUGUGGGCGGUGGGCGAGGCGUCGUCUGUGGCGUUGCUGUCGGGGAUGACGCUGAGCGGCGGCGCCGUGUCGAUUGCGCGCUGCGCUGCCACUGGCGCUACGCUUGUCUCCGGGCCGGCGAUCACGAGCGGCGUCGUGUCGGUGCAGUGCAACCGUGCCGGCGGCCGGGUGCUGCAGAGCAGCGGCGACUACCGCAUGGCCGGCCUGCCCUCCGUGAGCGUGGUGCCGUGCGACGGCUGUGCGGCCGCGCUGGCGUGCUUUGAUGCGCUGACGGCGUCGUUCUCCGAAUGCGUGUGCAGCUGCCGUGCCGGCGGCGUGGGCGACGCGUGCCUGCCGUUCGACUUGCCGCCUGCGAGGGCCGGUGGCAGUGGUGACGGUGCGCAGGACUGCGUGAGUGGCGUGACGCUGACGGAGUCGGUGACGGUUGGCGGCGGGCGUGCGACGGCGUGCUUCGACUCGGUGUUGUUCAGCGGACCGAUCAUUGUGGCGGUGGACCUGCGCUCGAUGGACGCGUUCGCUGACGCACUGAACGUGACGCUGCGCCACUGCGUGCUUGCGGGCGGCGCGCAGCUGCGGAUUGGCGGCCUCAGCGAGAGCACGGCGCGCCUGAUGCCGCACGCUUUCGUCAACAUGACGAAUGUGACGUCGCUGGAGGGCACGAUUGUGCUGCAUGGCGCGAUGCCGCUGCACUCGAGUGUGCUGCUGGCGAACUCAGCGCUGCGCGCGACGGUUGGCGGGUCGCAGUACGUGCCGACGACCCGUGGCCACAAGAGCUUCCGGUACGUCCCCGCGCUUGUCCUGGACGGCGUCCGGCUUCUGUCAACGUGUUUUGUCAUGACGCGGUCGACGCUGGUGUGUGGCGGGGGCUCGUGCGCUGCGAUCCUCGUGGAGCGCAGCCUCGGCGUGAACCUGUCCAGCGUCUUCUACAUGGACAACUGCGUUAUUAGGUCGCGGAAGCACGUGAUUUACGCCCUUGCGUCGGACCUGCGUGUUGGUAACGGCUCAGUGUUCUCCAUACAGGACAGUUCGUGGAUUUUACCGAGCACCGAAUAUGGCAAAGCCGCGUGUGUGUUCAAGGACGUUGCGGUGGCUGGCGGCAGCGUGCUGCAGAUUGUGUCCAGCACUUUCCGUCUCGGCUUCGCCAUGCUGAUGGCAGCCACGCUGACCGUGACUGGCGGCAGCUGGCUGGUGCACCGCAACAACGAGUUCCGCACCGCCUACGUUGUGUACGUGGCUGCCCACUACGGCAUGGUGUUCCGCGAUCGGAGUGUGUGGUCGAUACUUGACAACAACCUCACCUAUGGCUCGUACUCCACCAUCGCAAAUAUGACAAACAACUGGUCACCACCAUCCGACACGCGCCCGACCAUCUACGGUAUGUGCAACGAGGCAAGGGGCUCUCCUGUGACGGAUUACCAAGACGACCUCAAUAUUGGAGCACCCGUGACGGUGCUGGACUGUGGUGCGUGCACGGUGGACGCCGUGUGCUUCGCUGCGAGGACGAGCAGCAUCAGCGGCUGUGAGUGCGUGUGCGCUGCUGGCGGCUACGGCGACACGUGUCUGCCAGCUGCGGUUCCGGACGGCCUUGGACCGCUCCCGCUCCCCGAUGCGAAGGACACGGAGGUCCGCUGCGUGCACGGUGGCAGCAUCAGCUCCGUGGACUAUCCUGAUCCCGGUGUGCGUGGUCUGUGCUUUGUCAACGUGACCUUCACCGCCGCGAUUGUGCUUGACCUGUCGUAUUUUGACGCGCCACAGCAGACACUCAACAUCACGCUGCUGCAGUGCGUCCUCAUGGGCCUGUUGAUCAGGGGGAGUGGUGUGCGCGUACACGUGAGCGUGACUUCCUCGAUACUGGAUUUUGGUGCAUUGGAUUUUAGAGGUGAUUUUGGCGCGAGCUCCCAGAUACUGGUGGUGGGCAGUACGCUUGUGACGACGUCGAGCCACGCCAUUUCCUUUGUGAAGUUUACUCUCAGUGCGAAUAUGGCGCUGCUGCUACUCGACAACUACAUCGAGGCGAAUAGGUACGCAGUCUAUUUCAUCAAUGGUGUUGUUGUUGAUGGUGGCGGGAUCAUUGUGAAGGGAAAUACGCUGAGCACAACGAAGGACGAUGACGGUGUGGAAUCAUCUGUUUGCGUUAAUGGUGUUGAUGUGAAGAACGGCGGCUACUUUGACGUGGAGAACAACACGAUGAGCUCGGUCAAUGGCGUUAUUUUUUUUUGGGAUACUACCGUGAGCUCCGCGGGGCUGCUGCGAGUGGCGGACUGCACCUUUGGCGGGAGUGAAGUUUUUGAUUCCGCGCUGUUGCAUUUGUCUGGCUCGGUGACCCUCGAGGGAGGUGCGCAGUGGCGUGUGGAGGGCAACAGCGUGGGUGAAGCCUCAGUAUUAACUAUUCCUUAUCCCCAGUACAAAAUUCAGCUGUCGGGCAGCGGCACCACCGUGGCGCUUGCACACAACCGUCAGGUAGACAAUAGUUAUCCCUUCGCUGAUCUUUCUCCGCCAGACACGAUUGUUGAGCUACCCGCAAGGUUUGUGGUUGGGUGCAACCUGCAGGGCGAUGAGGAGGUGUCGUACGACGGUGUGUUUCCGGAGGUGGUGGAGGUGUUCAGGUGCGGCACAUGCAACGACGACGCGGCGUGCUACAUGCCCGGGACGGAGUUGGUGGACCGCGGCUCGUGCUCGUGCAGCUGCAAGGACGGAUGGCAUGGCGCGUCGUGUCUUCCCUUCGAGGUGCCCGACACUGUUGUGCCGCCCGCAGCGGAGAGAGCCGUUGACGGCGACACGAGCUGCGUGGUGGACCAGACGCUGACGGACCUCGCGCUGAACAUGUGGAAGACGCACCACUGCUACGUGGGUGUGACAUUCAGCGGCGUGGGUGCCGUGCUGACGUUCUCCCUCAACAGCAUGCCGCUGCAUCUUCCCAUCAACAUCACGCUCACUGGGUGCACAUUUCGUAGUGGUGCCGCGCUGCAGUUUGUUGGGGGUGCGGCGGCGGUUGAGUCAUCUGGCGUCCUGAUCCGCGUGAGCCGGACGGUGAUGCGUUCCUCCACCGUUGCUUUUAUACGUGCCCUCCCGCAGCACUGCGACAUCGCCGUCACGGAGGUUGACGCGGCGCAGUUCUCCUCGUCCGAACUGCCGGACACUAGGAUGAACACGUUGAGCGUAUUGUUGCUGAAGGACGCCGUGUUGAGUGCGUCCUCGCUGUUGGUCAGCAACGUCAGGGCGCAUGCAAUGAAGCGUGAUGCGCUUGGUUUUUACUCGACCGGGACGCUGACGCUGGUGGGUGGCAGCUCGCUGUACGCGCGGUACUGCAGCUUUGAGGGAUACACACAUAUGUUCUACUUGUACGGGCUCAGUGUCCGCAAUCACUCCGUUUUUGCGCUUCUCAACAAUACAGUGUUCUCCGGGGUAAGCCUGCUGUAUCAACACAACAGAUUCAACGUGUCGGAUCACAGCGUGGUGCGCGUGGUGGGGAACAGCGGCUCCGUGCGCUACGCCAUCUUUAACGAUGACAUUUGGACUGUUCAGCGGUCAAGCUGGUUGGAUUGGCGCGACAACGACGUGGAGGUGGGUGCGAUGUUCUACGACAGUAGCUCCGCUUUUGUGAGGAUUGACGGCAGCAGUGUGGUGACGCUGACAGGCUGCAAGAUGGGCUCGACGGGGUUGUCGGUGUCCCUUUUAUCUCGGGCUGACGCCGGCUACCGGUUCGUUGCUGGGUGCCUGACGGUCGCGGGACGGGAGGCGUCGACGGCGGCUGAACUGGAGCUGAGCGGCAUCACCAACGUGACGACGGUUACCGCGUGCGGUGAGUGCACGAAGGAGGGCGACUGCUUUGCUCCGCUGACGACGGCGGUCAUUGACUGCAGGUGCCAGUGCGCUGCUGGAGGGCACGGCGAUGUGUGCGUCCCAGCGCCCGUGCCUGCUGGCCCGCCGCCACCGCCACCACCGUCAUCGCCGCCGCCACCGCCGCCACCGCCGGUUGGUGAGUGCAUCAGCGACAUGGUGUACCCCGAGGUUACGCAGGCAGUGGGCGGCGGGCUGUCGUGGCUGUGCUACCGCAACGUGACGUUCAACGGGGGCGGCAUGAGCAUGACGGUGCUGAUUGGGGGGAUGACGGGCGACGUGGUGAAAGUCACGUUCGAUGGCUGCACGUGGAGGGGCGGCGCCGUGCUGUUGCUGUUGGGCAACGCGUACGCCGCUGUGGGGUCGCUGAACAUCGUCGUCACCGGCAACAGAUUUAUUGACGCGCUGCUCAGUCCGGAGGGUGUGUUUCCACCGCACACAAACAUCACGAUCAGCGGGAGCAGUUUUACGGUCACGAGGCUGUUCCAUUGGUUGGGUUUGGACCUUAGGAGGCCGUCGUGUGUUGUGAUGAAUGGACUGGCGAUCAGCAACGACUCCGCGGUGGUGCUGAGUGGCAAUGUGUUUCAGAGCGUGACGACAUCGUCAAGUGUCGUAAAAUUUGUUGGAUCUGCGCUGAGGGUGUCGUGGCACUCCGUGCUUGCGGUGCUGGGCAACACGUUUCAUAUGGGCGGCGGUGACAGUACGCUGAUAAAUAUUGAAGGGUCUGGCCAAUUUUCAUCGCUGAAGGUGCUGAACAACUCUGCUGUGGUGAUCCGAGGCAACGUUGUGACGAGGCCGGUGAAGUACUUUUUGUUAGUAAUUUUGGCGUUGCGUGUGGAGUCCCAGUCAGCGGUUGUGUUUCAGGGCAACGACAUGCAGAGAAGCUCGGCUGUAUUUUUUUCAAGCUACUCUUCCUACAUCUACUACAACUCCUGGCUGCAGCUGAGCGGCAACCUCUGCCGUGAAUCCCCAUCGGCAGCUUUUCUCUUUCUGAACCCCACGGUGAAUCUCCGCGACUCCGCGGUGUCUGUGUCC